UCCCAUUGGUACCUCUGCAGCGAAGCUGAUUCUGUGAUUGGGUAGAGGAGAUCCCGAACCCGUUAUUCAUUGGCUAUCCCAAGGCCAUGUCCGAUGCCGGAAGGAGGGGGGAGCGCGAAGCGUUAUGGCGACGACGACGACGACAACGACAACGACGACAGCAGAGCCUGAGAGUGGGGAGGGCGCUCAAGAGAUGAUGGAGGGUGAGAAACCGGAUUGUAGCGCGCGAUGUCCGAAUCUAGUUGAUAAAAGAAUUGAAUCAGAAGAAUCUGGAGAUGAUGAAGGGAAGAAACAAGCAGUUUGCAUAGUAACAGACCUCAGUCAACAAAGUCUAAGAGAAGAGCAGAAUGGAGAAAAUUUAACAAGUGACUCAGAGAUUCCAGUGGAUAUGGAAACUAUUAGCCUGGAUCCAGAGGCCGAGGAUGUUGAUCUGAAUCAUUUCCGAAUUGGCAAAAUAGAAGGGUUUGAGGUGCUCAAGAAAGUGAAGACACUUUGUCUUCGGCAGAACUUGAUUAAGUGCAUUGAGAACCUGGAACAGCUGCAAACUCUCAAAGAGUUGGAUCUUUAUGACAAUCAGAUUCGUAAGAUUGAGAACUUGGAGGCCUUGACAGAUCUUGAGAUCUUAGAUAUUUCAUUUAAUAUUUUACGACGCAUUGAAGGCUUGGAUCAGCUCAUUCAGUUAAAGAAACUCUUCCUGGUCAACAACAAAAUCAGCAAAAUUGAGAACCUAAGCAACUUACAACAGUUGCAGAUGUUAGAGCUAGGAUCUAAUCGAAUCAGGGCAAUCCAGAAUAUUGAUACCCUGACUAACCUGGAUAGCCUAUUUCUGGGGAAAAACAAAAUCACUAAGUUGCAGAACAUGGAUGCAUUGACAAACUUGACAGUGCUUAGCAUACAGAGCAAUCGGUUAACAAAGAUUGAAGGACUACAGAAUCUGGUAAAUCUGCGAGAGCUAUACCUUAGCCAUAAUGGUAUAGAGGUCAUUGAGGGCCUGGAGAAUAAUAAUAAACUUACAAUGCUGGACAUUGCAGCCAAUAGGAUCAAAAAGAUUGAAAAUAUCACCCAUCUAACAGAACUCCAGGAAUUUUGGAUGAAUGAUAAUCUCAUUGAAUGCUGGAGUGACUUAGAUGAGCUGAAAGGAGCCAAGAAGUUGGAAACAGUCUAUCUAGAGCGAAACCCUCUCCAGAAGGAUCCCCAGUACCGUCGCAAAAUCAUGCUGGCUCUUCCAUCUGUCCGACAGAUAGAUGCUACCUUUGUCCGAUUCUGAACCUUCCCUGGCCCUUUGCCUUUGCCUUUCUUCCUCUCAGAGUGUCACAACUGGGAUUUUUAUCCACAUACUGUGCCCUCUGUCUUCAGCCUGCUGACACACAGCAAAUGGCCAACCAGAAGCACUGAUAUCAGACCUUGCAUAACAAUGCACACACUGUUGUUGUUUUUGAAUAUUGUUGUUAUGAUUAUUAUUAUUAUUAAACCCUAAUGUGUGAAAUUUCCUGGUCAUAAAGGUGUCUGUCUGAAUUAGGCAAACUAUCAAAUCAUUUGUCCUCUAAAUUUUUUCAGUGCUCUGACAGCCUGCUUAGAACUAAAAUAGCCUCUGACAGGGGUUAAUGUAUUGAAACGUAUUACUUUCAUUUUGUUUUCUUUCUUAAGGUGAACAUAGAAAACUUAGAAUCAUCCAGUGAACACAGAAGCAAUCGGAUGUAUAGAGUAAAUUGCAUUAUAUUGCUGAGUUAUUUGCUUUCACCUAUGUACAUUUUCUCCACCAUGUAAUUGACUUGCUCUUUUCAAUGUACACAUCUUUGUGUUUCAAAGAUGGAUAUAUUCAAUAUGGCUUUAUUUACUUUUCUGAUUGCCCGAUCUGCAAAGCUUUAUGCUUUUGACAUGCUGUUCUAUACAUUGUUUCUGUUCUGCAAAAGAUGGUAGAGCAAGCUUUAUAAUCAACAUGAAAUGAAUUUCAGACACUAAAUAUUAAAGGAAGAAAGCACAAUCCUAUAAAUGAUUGAUUUGUUCCUAAACCAGUCAAGUAACUACAGGUGGUAGAAUGGUAUAAGUGAAAUAUAAACAUAUUUGGAUGCCAAUAGUUCCUGACAGGCAGAAAAACAGUGUUGAUUACAUGAGUAACUGACUUUUGCAGCCCAGGGUCGAAGACAUGGUUUGUUUUCACAGAAGCCCUUUAAGCAUGCUAUUGCCUUGGAAAGAUGCUGGCACUAAAGGUGUAUGAUUCCAUCUUUUAAAUAUUCACAUGAUAAACAAAUCUUAAUAAAACCACAGCAAGUAGUCAAAUUUUUGCAUUUUUUUCCAAGUAACAGAGGGUGCUAUAUUAAUGAAUAUUACUGCUGAGCUUAAACAUUCAUGCUUUUGAAUGUUUUCUAUAGAACAAAACACCCUGAUCAUUCCAAAUAUAAUCAAGAAUAGUCAAUUGUAUUUCUCUAAAUAUUUUGAUCUUCCAGUUUUUAUCCCUAAUUAGCAUAGCAACAGUAAGCCCAAUACAUCUAGAAGCCAGCAGAUUGCCUGUCUAGGGUAAGAUGAUAAUACAGUAGCUUUAAAUGUAAAAAAAUAAUAAUAAUCUCCAGCCUCUUUAUACUAAUAUUGCAAAAAUUCAUUGAUUGAAAUCUCUGGUCAUCUAGACAAAUUGUUCUGAAAUCUGUUUUGAUCCCAUAGUAUUUAUAGAACAACAGAAAUUAAUACAUUUGAUGUUUAGAAAUAUAAUUUUUCCAAUGUCUACAUUAAGAUGCCUAGUUUGAAAAUUUUAGCUGAUAUCUAUAUCAUCAAUGUCACUGGUUUUGCCAAAUUUUUCAGGAUUUCCAUUGAUUUAUUUGAAUGUAUGCCCAUUUAAAAAUUGUCUUGAAAUAAAGCAUUCUUUGCUUUGGA